GCUCUUCCAGUGUGUAAGCCAAGCCAAAUCAAACAGAGCCCCAGCCGAGUCGACCCAAAGCCUUUGGCAGUUUGAAUUUCGACGUGUUGCCAGUCACAACGUGAGCGCUUCCAAAUUUAACUUCAACUCGCCGUUAAGAGAAACUCCGUCAAAAUGAGUGCCGUGGAUGCCAUAAUCAAUUAUAAACGUAAUCCUAACGAGGACUUUUAUGCUCUGCUUCAAUGCGAUGAGACCUCAUCGCCGGAGCAGAUUCAGGCCGAGUACAAGGCGCUGGCUCUUCAGUAUCAUCCCGAUAAGAACAGCGGCGACAAGGAUGCCGAGGCCAAGUUCCAGCAGCUAAAGGAGGCCAAGGAGACGCUAUGCGAUCCGGAGAAACGCGCCGUCUACGACAAGUGGCGCAACAGUGGCAUUUCAAUGAGCUACAAACAGUGGCUGGGUAUGAAGGAGCACGUCGGCCAGGUGAGAAGAUACACAAUUGCCGAGAAAGUGGAUAAAGAGUCCAUGCAUUGGGCCACACCAAAAACCAAGGAUCGCAUGCUACCCGAACCCGGAACCGCAGCCGGUCCACCUGGAGCAGGUUGCAGCAGCGGAGGCCUAACAGCCGCCUCCCCGAAUCCGGCCCAUCGACGGGCCUCGGAGGGCGGGGCCGCCCUCUACUACGGCAGCCGCAAGGCCGAGUGGGGCACUGAGAACACAGAUGUGGCCAAUAAAUUUCGCAAUUACGAGAUCUAAGCUGUACAAUUUGAACAGCUAAAAUGGAGGGGAAGAUGGGCACGUGAUGAGUAUCGAUGUUUCUGAGAUGAAGUGCAACCAAGUCGUAAGGGAAAUGCAUAUUUGUAGCCCCUCAAUGGGCAAUAUAUCUUGAUGUGAGUUUCAGACAAAAAAUACAUAUUCCAGUUUUAAAACAAAUACUUAAAAAUACAUAACCAACUGACAAAUGUGCGUAUAUAUCAAAAGAGCAUUGCAAACAACUCAAAUUACACAAAAUGAAUGUCUAAUCAAAUUUAUGAGAAUUAUAUAUUAAAAGAGUACAUAUAAGUACAAGUAUACAAAAUACAUACAUAUAUUGAUGUGAACUUACCGCAUUCAGAAUUAUAUAACUGUUUAUAAGUGUAUAAAAAAUAUAAACAAAAGAAAAUGGUAAUUAAAUAUAUAUAGAGAAGAAACUGUAAUUUCAAUAAACAUAAGGCAGAAGGUGAAGAGUUCUAAGUUAAGUUAAAUGAAUCAAUUUAAUGCAAGAAAUAAAUUAGUGAAAUUUUAAGUGUGGUUAUCAAACUGAACAAUAUGAAUAUACACAUACUUACAAGCACACAAAACUAUAAAACUAUAAAUAUAUAUAUUUAUCUACAACUAUUUGUAUAUCGAUGUAUGUAAAUGUCAACCCUAUAAGACAAUCCCUUUGGAAGUGUUUACUUGUGCACUAAAAACAAAACAAAAGAAAUGAUAAGAAAUAAUAAAACUAGCAGCAAAACGCCCACCACAAAUAACUUUGCAUAUGCUAACAAAAACCAAGCAAAGAAUAAUACAAGAAAAUACAUGGAAAACUUACAAAAAAAAUGCGAAUUUAACAAUUUUCUACACAAGUUUAACUGCAUAGUCAAAAAGUAAAAAAAUAAAAAAAAAAACAAAAUGAACUUUCACUUGGUGUCCUUUAAAAUGCAAAACUUAGUUUGCAACUAAACUAAAUAACUGAACUAUUUUAUUAAUGAAAAAGCAAAGUCACCAAAGGCUCAUAAAAAAACCAAUAAAAAAAAAUAUUUAAAAAAAAAGUAGAAAAAGGAACCAAAAAAAAUAUAAAUGUUUUGAUGCAAUGUUGUUUUAGUGUCUCAAAUGUUAUACAUAUGCGAAAAUAAGAUUUUGCUAGCAUCAAAUACUUUAUAUAAAUGUUUGUUUUUAAAUCAUAUUGAAUUUACUCAAAUACACACAUAUUAUAAUUAUUAUUAUGAUUAUUAUUAUUAACGGAAGAUAAGCAGACAGUCUGUAACUGAAAAACAGAAUAUUUUAGAAACUUGCAGCUGCAAGCCAAAGGCAAAGUAAGUCGAGUCAAAUAUAAAUGUUGAAUUUAAAUUAGAUGGAUUAUGAAUGUAAAACUGGCAUAAACCAAUAAAGUCAACUAUUUAAACGGAGUCAACUCAACUUGAGAGGCUUCACGAAUCAAA